UCAAUGAAUCUAAAAAAUUGAAAAGUAGGGGAAAAAAAGAAGCAAAAUACUUCUUGAACACAAGUAUUUGCGUUCAUCUUGAUGUACUUAUAUAGCAUUAGCCGGGGUUCAUUUCUCACACUCUUUUGUGUUUGAAUCUCAGCCAUGGGAGAGGUAGACUCAGCGUUCAUCCAAGCGGUCGAGCACAGGCCGAAGCUCAGACCCGUCGAGGUGGUUGAUGAAAUCCCAGUCAUCGACCUUUCCAACAUCCUCAACCCCGCUCACAACAACACCCAAAAAGUUAUUUCCGAUGUCGGCAGCGCAUGCGAGAGGUGGGGAUUCUUCCAAGUGGUGAACCACGGGGUCCCGGCGGAGCUAAGCAGAAAAGUGGAGGCGGUGGCUAAGAAAUUCUUUGACGGGUCGUUGGAGGAGAAGAGGAAGGUGAAGCGGGACGAGGUGAACGCCAUGGGGUACUACGAAAGCGAGCACACAAAAAACGUUAGGGAUUGGAAGGAGGUGUUUGAUUAUUUGGUCCAAGAUCCAACACAGAUACCGGCGUCGCAUGAACCUGAUGACAAGGAGUUAAGGAUUUUGACCAAUCAGUGGCCCCAGUUCCCGGCCGAUUUCAGGGAAGCAUGUGAGGAGUAUGCACAAGAAGUGGAAAAACUGGCUUACAAGUUGUUGGAACUUAUUUCCCAGAGUUUAGGCUUACCAGCUAAUCGUUUGAAUGGCUACUUCAAAGACCAAACCAGCAUCCUCCGGCUCAAUCACUAUCCUCAGUGCCCUUUCCCCCACCUAGCUCUUGGUGUUGGCCACCACAAGGAUGCUGGUGCCUUAACUGUCCUUGCCCAGGAUGAUGUUGGAGGAUUGGAAGUUCGGCGGAAAUCAGACAGAGAGUGGAUUCCGGUGACGCCUAUCCCGGAUGCCUAUAUCAUUAAUGUUGGUGAUAUUGUUCAGGUUUGGAGCAAUGACAAGUAUGAGAGUGUGGAGCACAGGGUGGUGGUCAAUUCUAAGAAGGAAAGGUUUUCAAUUCCAUUCUUCUUCUUCCCAGCCUUCGAUACCAUAGUGAAGCCUCUGGAGGAGCUAGUAAAUGAGCAGAGCCCUGCCAAAUACAGGGAAUACAGCUGGGGAAAGUUCUUCGUCAAUAGAAACCGCAGUGAUUUCAAGAGGCGCGAUGUGGAGAACAUCCAAAUUUCUCAUUUUAGAGUAUCAGAUUAGUUGUGGUAGUGUGAUAGUAUUCAAGUAUAUAGUAGCAAUAAAGUGCUCUUAUAGCUUCUUGCAAUUGCCAUGCUAAUAAAAAGACAGGCUUUCAGUCUUCAUCAUCCUGUAAUCUCUUGCUUAUAGUGUGGCAGGAGGGUUCGGAUUUGUACAUACCAGAACUUUGGCAAAUAAAUAUUUCUCGUUCUCCUCAA